AAACAUGCAGGCACAAAUUUGAAGCUGACACUUUCAUUUGUCCUCGCCUUUAACAGGCUCUCUCACCUACAGAUUCCUUCACUACUUAAUGUGAAUAAAAAAAAUAAAGAGCAUAAAAUGAUACAGGGAACUGAAGGAUAUCAUUUCCAGAACUGGGCUCAGACAUACAGUUGCCACCCUGAGCAGUACUUCCAGCCCAGCUCUGUGGAAGAUGUCAGACAGAUCCUGGAACUCGCUAGGCGUUGCAGCAAGAGAGUGAAGGUGGUGGGUGGGGGGCACUCUCCCUCAGACAUCGCCUGCACAGAUGACUUCAUGAUGCGUAUGGAUAAGAUGAAUAAGGUUCUUGAGGUCGAUGAAGAGAAGAGACAGGUCACAGUGGAAGCUGGGAUAUUUCUGCGUGAUCUGAAUGAAGAAUUAGCAAAACAUGGCCUUGCCCUCUCAAAUUUAGGAGCCGUGGCAGAGGUGUCUGCUGCUGGCGUAACUGGAACUGGUACCCACAACACAGGGGUAGAUCAUGGCAUUCUGUCUACGCAGGUCAUGCGUCUGAGUCUGAUGACUGCCAGUGGAGAGGUACUGCACUGCUCAGAGUCAGUGAAUGAAGACAUCUUUCAGGCUGCUAGGCUUCACCUGGGCUGUCUGGGAGUCAUCAUCACCAUCACCUUCCAGUGCCAGCCUGCCUUUCGACUUCAUGAGCGCCAGUUCCCCUCCACACUCACAGAGGUUUUGGAUAAUUUGGAUUUCCACAGAAAGAAGUCAGAAUAUUUCCGAUUCCUAUGGUUUCCCAAUACAGAACAUGUCAGAAUAAUAUAUCAGGAUCGCACAGAAAAGCCUGCACAGUGUACAUCCAGCUGGUUCUGGAGCUAUGCUGUUGGAUAUCAUCUACUGGAAUUUGUCCUUUGGGUCAGCACUUUCUUUCCUGGCCUGGUUUGCUGGAUCAACCACCUCUUCUUCAAGUUACUCUACAGCGGCAAAGAGGAGCGAAUAGGCCGCAGUGACAAGGUCUUCACUUAUGAGUGUCUCUUCAAACAGCACGUACAGGAUUGGUCUAUUCCCAUGGAACAGACUAAAGAGGCUCUGCUGCAGCUGAAGGCCUGGCUGGAGAAUAACCCAGACACAGUAGCUCAUUUCCCGGUGGAAGUGCGUUUUGCUCGGGGAGACAACAUUCUCCUCAGCCCCUGCUUUCAGAGAGACAGCUGCUACAUCAACAUCAUCCUGUACAGGCCUUAUGGAAAGGAUGUGCCCAAACAGCAGUAUUGGGCUGCUUAUGAAAACAUCAUGAAGGAUGUAGGAGGAAGGCCUCACUGGGCAAAGGCUCACAAUUGCACCCGUAAGGAUUUUGAGAAGAUGUACCCUGGUUUCCAGAAGUUUUGCUCUAUCCGGGAGAAGCAGGACCCAUCAGGAGUGUUCCUCAACACCUACCUGGAAAAUAUUUUCUUCUAGUCAAAAAUAACACAUACUGUAUUAAUCAAAACAGUGCCUGAGCAAACAUGCACUAAUAUAAACUAUAUACGUUUUCCACAAUCCUUGUUUUAAUUACGUAAAAAUAUAGAUUUGCUCAAAUAAUAUUAAUAGUGUCAAUCACAGUUUUGGAAUUUCUAAUCCGAAAAAGGUCAGGUUUAAUUUGUUAUCAUUAGUUGUGUGAAUCAGAAUUUUCUUAUAAAUCUAUAAAUUAUAUAAUGUAUCAAAUAGAUCUUAUAAUGUAUAAGUUUAUAAAUUAUACUUCUGUUUAAAUUUUUAUUUUAUUCCACUUUUUCCAACAAAUAGUAAUUAAAAUGUGGUAUUUGUGUUUAAGUAAAUGAUUAUUUCAUAUUUAACAGCAAAAGUUCUUAGUGGAUUUCAAGACAAUAAGAAUUUAUUUCAAAUAUUCACUAUAUUUCUGAUGUGGCAAUAAUUUUACUAACUGUAAAUGAGCUUUGUAUUUGCCAGUAUAUCAAGCAUCAUAAUUAAAAUUAGUAAU